GAAAAGAAUAGAAAAUGCUAACACCUCUUAACACCUGCUGAGUGCCCCUUUGUUAUCUAGUCCAGGUAAUGUUGUGCGAGUCAUCCUAUUCCCAAUCCCUCCUCUUUUACCACUUAGUCAAAUCUAAUUCCUACUUCUGCACAUGGCAAAAUGGAGUGAGAAGCCAUUAACUGAUAUGAAUCUCAAUUAUCUCAUUUUUUCUUCCAAGUGUUUGCUUUUUUCCCUCAUCUUUGUUUUAUUGCCUCAGACUCGAGCCCUCCCUGUUUCAGUGGAGAGACAAUCUGUGAGUAGAUGGCUUCAAGUGAGUGGACUUACGUUGGACUGUUGGUAUUAGCCUGUGGUUAAGGAGACUCUGAGUGUCAAGUUUUUAGUGUAUUACAGGCCAGUUUAUGUAGAUUGAUUAUGAGUUCCAGAAUUUGUAAUCUGCAGCAUAUAUUUGUACUUUCUCUUGGAGAUAAUCGCCAGUGAUGACUCAGUAAUCCCCUUUGUUCUGAUUUACAAUUUUUGUAGAGUUUAGAUCUAAUUGAAGACUUUCUAUAUUUAUUCUUUGUCGUCAUGUGUUAUUAUUCUGAAUUUUUCAGUCUUGGAAAUGCUUGGGUCUCCUGUAACUAAUUAUAUUGUUUAUAUUCUGAGUUUUAUGAUUGUUUUGAAGUUACUUUAUAUUUAGAUAUUGAAUUCUUCAAAUGAUUUCUUGCUUUGCAGGUUGCUAGUUAUUUGUAGAUCUGGUUAAACCGCACCCUUGCCUUAAUUCUGACUUCUGAGUUUGUUUCUGAUUGUUAUGGGACAUAGACAUUUAUAUAGCAUGUCCCAGAUGUUUGGGAGUGAGCAGGAGCAGAAUUGGAAUUAUAUGCACACUGAUCAACAUAAUGGUAGGGGUAGCGCUUCAGAGAAUGGUUCUUUUAUUUAUCCACUAGAAAAUAUGCCUAUAGAUGGCAGCUCUUUGGCCGCUUCUUGGAACAAUGCCGCGAUGUCAAAUGGAUAUGCAUCCUCAAGUAUCAACAUUGAAUUACCCCCUCGUCAAUCAGAUGCAUCAAGAUCUUCUCAUGAUCAUUAUUUACGUUCAUCAAAUCCUGGAGCUUUUUUCGCAGUUUCUGAAAACUAUGCUCACCAGCCUUCUUCCAAUUGUGAUAGACAAGCAUUUCAUGUUGCUGAUGGUGAUUUCUUUGAUUUCACCAUGGGGAGUGGAAGAGGGCCUCACAAGCGAAAGAGCCCUGGAAUUCCUUCAGUUUGUGAGAGAGGCAGUACAAGCAGAUAUUUCAGUGCAGGAAGCUCAACUGAUCUCCCUAUAUCUUCAGAAAUAAGGCAGGAGAAGCCAAGCUUGGAUUCUCAAUUUCUGCCUUGGGAUCAUGUUACUAUGACACCCCCCUUCAGAGGCAGUGGCCUUUCAAUCAGGGGUGAGGGUUCUUUAAGGAAUGUUAGAAGUCGUUCUGCACUUGAUUUGGAAUCCAACCUUGCUAGGACGCAUUUAUGUGGCAACCAUUUGCACAACUCAUCUUCUGGCCCGUCCAAUGAUCAUUCUAGCUCUGUGGGUCUUUCUGGUCAUAGUUCUAAUACUGUGCCAAGGGACUGGAGCCAAAUGAACAUGUCUCCGGCUCCUGGGAGGGUAUUAUUAUCUGAAUCAAGUGGAUAUAAUCAUGAGCCAAGUCGCUUGCUGGUUGGAAGUGGUGUUAGUAAUGCUUCGGUAGACGCUGGGAGUUACCAUCAUGAAUAUGAUACAAGCAUAAAUCCUAUUGUUCCUCAAAGUUUUCACAGUAAUCUCACUCACCCUGCUAGGGGAGUUCGAAGUAACUAUUCCCAAAGAUCUACUCCAACACCAACUCCAACUUUUAGAGCCUCUUCAAGCUCAUGCGUGGGACAUAUGAUGCCUUCAGAUGGUGGAUUGCACAUGGGAGCUGAAGGUUUAAUCUCUAGACAUCCAAGGCCAUUGACUGCCGUCAGUUCGCGGAAUACUGAUAGAAACGGGAGGUCAAGGAUAUCUAGCGAGAGAUAUCGAACAUUAGCUGAUGAGGCUAUUCUUCAUGAUCGAUUUUCCUCUGAGGGUUUCAUGGUUGUUGAUCGUGCGCCGUUUUAUGGUUCUCGAAAUAUGAUUGAUCAACAUAGGGACAUGAGGAUGGACAUAGACAAUAUGAGUUAUGAGGAACUACUUGCUCUGGGAGAGAGGAUUGGUCAUGUCAGCACAGGAUUGUCUGAGAAGUUGAUUUCCAAGUGUUUGACAGAAUCAAUAUAUUGUUCGUCCGAGCAGAGUCAAGAGGAAGGAAGUUGUGUGAUCUGCUUGGAAGAUUACAAGUACAUGGACGAUGUUGGGACACUGAGAGGUUGCGGCCAUGACUAUCAUGUGAGCUGCAUUAGAAAGUGGUUAUCUAUGAAGAACAUAUGUCCUAUCUGCAAAGCUUCUGCUCUUCCUGAUGAGAUGAAGGAUAAAUAACUUAAAUUCAUUCUGCAGUAUUUCGCUAUCUCAUUUUGUACAUAUAAUAUACAUUCGAAUAUUCAUGAAAUUGAAGGAAAUUGACUUCUUUCUUUUCGAGGUUUUGAAUAUUGUAAUAGCAAUGCUACUUAGAGUCGAUGCAUUUGUUCAUGGCUUCAGGGUCAAUUACGUGAAGCCUUGAGAUCAAUCAUGUAUGCUUGCUUUCAGAAUUUCGGUCAA